AUGGCGCUGGUCGCGUACAGCGAGUCGUCGUCGUCGUCGGACGAGGACGAGGCGCCAGCGAAGCGGCAGCGCGUGGCACCGCCGAUCGCAUGGACACGGACGUUUGCGCAUGUGGAUGGCAACUGGCCAUCGUAUGUCUACUUUGCCGUGCCGCUGACGCCGGCCAUGGAGGCCAUGAAGACCUUUGCCAUGACCAUGGCGGACGCCGCAUACCCGAAGCAUACCCUCGGUCUCGUACCGCUCGGCGACCCGCGGUCCAAGGGUGCAAAGGGCAACGAUGGCGAUGGCGAUCAGGACUCGAGCUCGCUGCACUUGAGCCUCUCGCGCACGUUUGUGCUGCGCUACGAGCAAAUCGAGCCCUUCGUCCAGGCUUUGCGCGUCGCUCUCAAGUACCGCAAGCGGACGCGCGUGGUGCUCCAAGGUCACCGGAUCCUCGUCAACGAUGAGAAGACGCGCCUGUUUGCAGCGACGCCCUUGGUCCGCGGCAAGCCCGAGAUUUGUCAUAUCAUUGCGUGCGUCGAUCGCUGCAUGCGCCAGUUCGACCUUCCGCCCUACUACAGCGACCCGAUUCCGCAUGUCAGCGUCGCCUCCACGCCCUUCGUGCCCUCAGUCGAGGCCGAGGUCGCGAUCGAGAUAACCCCGCCACCGAUGGUGCUCAUCGACUGUGACGCGGUCGCCGUCACGAUUGGCAACAAGCAAUUUCACAUUCCGCUCUUAUCCUAA